AAGUUGGGACGAAUAGGGUUGAAGGAGGAAAAUACCCGGUCAGGUGGCCAAAUACCCGACCGGGUAUUCACCACUUUUGGGCGCCCGAGAAGCAGAGAGGGGCCCGGGCACAGCAGCAAAAUCCCCGGUCGGGGAUUAUGGCGAUUGACCGGGGAUUCUUCCCUUGAGCGAAACGGUGCGCUGCAGAGAUACCCGGUCGAAACCCAAAAUACCCGACCGGGUAUUUCGACCGGGUAUCGCGACCAGGCAGCUGAUUUAAGGAAGGAGAAGGCC